CCAGGUUAUUCAGUACAAUUUAUAAGCUUAGUUUACGAACUGGUCCCUACUAUUUAUAGCAACAGCCAAUCAAAUUAUCGAUAUACUAAUUAACAAUCAUACAGGGUUAAACUAAUUAACUGUAUUAAGGUACAAGUCAGGUGACAAGGGAUCACAACAUAACUGGUCUACACCUCAUACUCCAAUAGUCAUGGACCAUGAAGCUGACACUGACUAUAAUACGGCUUUAGAGAAAUUGAUGAAAGAAUGUCUGCCUCCAAUACUGGUGGAAAUUGUUGAUAAAAGACCUUUAGAUCCAAUACAAUACAUGGCAGAUAGUCUUUACAAUUAUAAGAAGAAAACAGAGAGAAGUUUGGAAAAUAACAGUCAAGUUAAUACAUUAAGUCAUAACCAGUUGAAAUCAAAUCAUCAAAGCGUUGAACAAAAUGAAAAGCCAGUGUCCAACGAUUUCAUACCUUCAAAGAAAAUCACGCUAGAUGAUUAUGAAGAUUUAGAAACUGUUAAUAUCAGAAUCAAAUUGCAUCAGGAUUGUUUAGAUAUCUUCACAGACAUUGGUGACAUUUUUGAUGAAGAUGAUAUCUCUUGACAAGAAGAAUUAAGUGAGUUUAAAGGUGUCAUUUCGUGCUUGUUAAAAGAAAUAAAAAACAGCAUUUAAAUAAGCCGACUUUCUGUGACAUUUGAGCUGUCAUUGUGCAACAUAUGAAGCUGUCAUUCUGAGACAUUUGAAGCUGAUAUUCGUGACAUCUGAAGCUGAUAUUGUGUUACAUUUGAAGAUGAUAUUGUGUGACACCUGAAGCUGAUGUUAUGUGACAUAAAAACUUGAUAUUGUGUGACAUCUGAUGAUCUGAAGCUGACAUUGUAUGACAUCUUAAGCUGAUAUUGUGUUACAUUUAAACCUGACAUUGUGUGACAUUGUCUGAGAUCUUAAGCUGAAAUUGUGCAACAAUUGAAGCUGAAAUUGUGACAUCUGAAACUGACAUUGUGUGACUUGAAAAGCUGAUGUUGUGUGACAUUUGAAGCUGACUUUGUGUGACAUGAGAAGCUGAUGGUGUGUAACAUUAAUCUGAACUUAAAGUUGUGUGACAUUCUUGCUGAUCUUGUGUGACAUUUGAAGCUGCCUUUGUGUGACAUUUGAAGCUGCCUUUGUGUGACAUUUGAAGCUGGCUUUGUGUGACAUUUGAUUGAUUUGAAGCUGACAUUAUGUGACAUUUGAAACUGAUAUUGUGUAACAUUUGAAGUUGACAUUAUGUGACAUCUGAAGCUGACAUGUGGUAUUUGAAGCAUGCAGUAAUAUAGGCAUUUAAAACAGACAUUUUAAAGCUCGCAGUCACAUUGGAAGCGGACAUUUCUUGAAGGAAAUAAGAAUGAAGUGGCAUUUAAAGCUUGCACUCACAGUGACAUUUGAAGCUGAUAUUUGAGUCAUUAUUUGGGCCAUUUUUGAGCUCACAUAGUCCCUCUGUUACAAAAAAAGACAUUGAAAAAGGGCAUUUGAAACAGAAAGGAACAAAAAAUGAAAGAAACUAGAACUGUGUCCAAAGGACACAGAUGCCCCCACUGUGCAGAUGUGCUCGUAAACAAGAGCAUGCAUAUCUGUAUGUAAGAUUUUUAUGUGGAACUUUUUAUUAAAAUCUGCCAUCCGGUUUAA